CAGCCACCGCUCCAUCCCCGGCUCGUCCCCGCACCCAGGCCUCCAGGAUGGACGUGUUCAUGAAGGGCCUGUCUAUGGCCAAGGAGGGCGUCGUGGCUGCGGCCGAGAAAACCAAGCAAGGGGUCACCGAGGCGGCGGAGAAGACCAAGGAGGGAGUCCUCUACGUCGGAAGCAAGACCAGAGAGGGCGUGGUGCAAGGUGUGGCCUCAGUGGCAGAGAAAACCAAAGAGCAAGCAUCACACCUAGGAGGAGCUGUGUUCUCUGGGGCCGGCAACAUCGCAGCAGCUACUGGGCUGGUCAAGAAAGAGGAAUUCCCCACCGACCUGAAGCCAGAGGAAGUGGGCCAGGAAGCUGGGGAGGAGCCCUUGAUUGAACCCCUGAUGGAACCCGAAGGAGAAAGCUACGAAGAACCCCCGCAGGAGGAAUAUCAGGAAUAUGAGCCAGAGGCGUAAGGGCCAGGGUGGUCCUCACCAGCAGC